GUAGUCAAUCGUAGGUUCUAGUUUUGACGCAAAAAAAUUACCCAUUGAAAGUAUAGCAAGGCAUAGUAAUGAGACUGUUUUGCUUUGCAGUCAAACGCUGUUGAUUUGGCCAGGUAGAGCAGACGCCAGAGGUGCUGAGUCAAACAGGCAUUAUCCAGGACAGCUGCAUCCGGGCCCUACUGCCGCAGGCCGCCCUCUGAGCCAGGGGUCCUUCAGGUAGGAGGUCCUGAGUGACUUUGGACGUCCGCUCCUCCCAGGUGCGGUGAGUGCUUAAUCUCCGGCCUUGCGGCUUAGUUUUUCUCUCGGUUUGGAAUCGAGGCUACUGUCGCAACCAUGCUCCGCCAGAUCAUCGGUCAGGCCAAGAGGCAUCCUAGCUUGAUUCCCCUCUUCAUAUUUAUUGGAGCAGGAGGGACUGGAGCAGCACUGUAUGUCGCCCGCCUGGCAUUGUUCAAUCCCGAUGUCAGUUGGGAUAGAAAGAAUAACCCAGAACCCUGGAACAAACUAGGUCCUAAUGAUCAGUACAAGUUCUACUCUGUGAAUGUAGAUUACAGCAAACUGAAGAAAGAAGGUCCAGACUUCUAAAUGAAAUAUUUCACUAUAAAGCUGAUUAGAAUGAAGGUCUUCCAGAAGCCAUCCGCACAAUUUUCCACUUAACCAGGAAAUAUUUUCCCUCUAAAUGCACGAAAUCAUGUUGGUGUAUUGUGUUGGGAUUUACACUGAUGAAUAAAUAGUCUGAAACUUGAUAUGUGUCAUUAUUUAAUGCUGAAACUCUACCCUGAACUUCAUAACUUAGGAUAUGGGAAAUUAUUGGAAUUUAAGGAA